AUCGCUUCGUACAAGUCGAGAGCAAUUUCCGUAUAGCAUCGAGGCGAAAUAUUGAGCGAAAGCGGGAGCUACGGUACGGCCAAUAGAUUCUGAACAACAUUUCAUUGCAGAUGGUAAAUUGACGGCUACUGUAAGACGGAUUACGAUGCGAGUAUCGCGGCGUUCCGAUGCGCAGCAAGAAUUCACGAAUGGACAUUCGAGCGAGCUCCAGUAGGACCACGUCGUCAUUAUGUUCAUAGGAAAUGUUCCAUUUCUUAUGCGCACCGUGACAUUUGUUUACCAUAAAAAGGAUUUAAUUUUAAUCAGAUGGGACCGUUAAAAAGGAGUUUCUGGACUUUUGCUCCGCCUAAAGUCUCGUACUCGCGUAACGGACGCCAUAACGAUCGGACGUAAUGGACGCUGAAGAGCGUAGCGUUCAGUUGCGAGGUGAACAAUAUCGACAGCUUGUGACGUAACGUACGUGGACAUGGAGAAUCUCUUGCGAGCCGGAGCGAGUUUGCGAUGCGAUAUGUGUGCCGGAGCCGGGUGUCAAAGGAAGAAAUAUUUAUGCAAGAUUGUCGGACAAGUGCUGAAAGGGAGUAAAAAGUGUUAGUUCGACGCACCAUGACGAACCAAGGUCUGGGUCCAAAAAUGGUCUGAAACUUCGAGAAUAUCAGCAACAUGCCACGUAUAGAUCCACUUUCUUUACUUAAAUGCCUUAGCGUUUUGCUGGGUCCAACAGGAGGUAUCAAAAGUAAAGAAGAAGUUCAUCGAUUAGCUAAUUUAAUGACGAAGUUCUCUAAAAAGCUCGUAUCCAAGUGCAUUUACAUACAGAUAUUAAAAACCACCAAUACAGAGUUGCUUAGUCAGUUUAUGAGCGCAGGAGGAUGGAAUCUUAUUCACACGUGGCUCACCGACGGCAUUCUUGCAAAAAACUGGGCCCUUAUACAAGAACUCCUGGAGCUCUUGUUGCUUUGUCCAGUGGACAUCGAGCGGCUGAAAAGCAACAAUUGUCCGAAAUUGAUCAAAGGUUUGUCGAAGGAGGGCAGCCAUCAAGGUGUACGGACGUUAGCUAGUCGCCUCGUGGAGCAAUGGCUGAAAAUUGUAAAGGGGGAAGCAGCUCCAAAUUCGGUGCCGGCUCAGAUCAUGACAGUUUCAGUGCAGUCGAACGCUACCCCGGGUAGUGCGAUCGCCCUUUCGUCGUCGCAGCAGCACUCAGUGAACCAGCAAAUCGUGGAGGCCACUGACGCCGCAACUAUCCAAGUACAGGAUCUGAAGCUCGCGCAACAAUGCGCACCGGGCAUCUCGGUCAGUCAGCUUCAGCAGGAUCAAGAGAAACAGCAACCGCAAGAGAGGCUGCAGCUGCAAACGGUACAAUUGCAGGUGGUCAGCAAAGCCCAGCAGGCGCAACUGCAACAGCAGGCGGCGCAGCAGCAAUGCAAGAAGCAAUCUUUCGUCGUGGUGACGUCGUCCUCGCAAUCACCGAUCCCCGUUUACAAGAUUACCAUACGAGAUGGUAAUCAAGUUCUCGCGAAGGUGGAGACCGACGCCACGAAUAUAAAUAGCGUUCUCGGUACAUCGGGGAGCGCGGAAGUUAACGAAAGUUUCGCCGCGGACACGACGCUUCCGGUGAGGCAGGAAGCGGAGGUAGAGGAGGUAGGACAAAGUAGUGACAGUGCGAUUAGUGGUAAAGACUAUGCAGUCGAAAUUGGACAACUGACUGACUCGGAUAUUUCCAGUGAAGUGAAACAAACUGUAGUUAGUUCGAAAGACAAUCAGGAUACGGAAGGUGUUAAAAUUAGGGACAAUAAAGAUUCCAAGGACAUUGUUACUAAUGAUAGUAGUAGUAAGUCUAGUGACAAGGAGAACAGGGACUUUCAUAAGAAAGAUGAGAAGAAGUCUGCCAGCAGCUCCGACAAGAAAAGCAAUAGUCACCAUCAUGGCUCCUCCUCAGCAGCCAAAAGUUCGAAGCACAGUACGAGCUCCGGUACACACCGCGGCGGCAGCUCCACCUCCCAUAAAUCCAGUAGUCAUCGCUCCAGUUCCACUAGUAGUAGUAGUAGUACCAAGAACUCCAGUAAAGACAAAUCUUCCAAGGACAAACAUCACUCCAGCUCAGCCAACAAGCACAGUUCGAAUAGAAGUAAGUCUGAGCGAGAUAGGGAACGAGAAAAGGAGAGAGAGAAGCAAAAGAAGGAUCAGGCGGAGAAGGAUAAGGCGACGCUGGAGAAGGUGCAGGGCCAGGCGCUGAGUUCCAAGUUGGGCAAAAUCCCGAAGAAGCGAACGGAAGAUGAGAAGUCGGGAGGCGAUACGAGCGGGAGGAAAUCGUCGAUCGAGUCGCGAGACGGCUCAAAGGAGAACAAAGAGAAAACGGACUCGAAGAGGGACACCGUUGCGACGAAGAUGGAGAAGAAAAAUAUAUCCAUUUCUAUUGAGAAUAGGAAAAACAGCCAAGACGCGGCGACACGACCGAAAACAGUUAAGACGUUUAAUUCGAAGUUCAGAUCCACCGGUCUGGAAGAAGAAGUGAAACCACCACCGCCUAGGUCAAAGAAGCCGAAUACCGUUGUCGAUAAGAAGGUUCUACCCACGAAAUUUCCGUUGAAGAGGUCGUCGCCGAUGAGGGACAUUCCGCUGGUAGAGAAACGAGCGAAGCUAUCACUGGAUUCGCCAACGACGAUAGCACCAAUAGACGAGAAGAAGGGAGGGAUUAAGCUGAUACCACCAAAACCAAAACCAAUGGUGCUGCAAGAGAGCGACAUGUUCAUGGACGCCCUCACCGCGUCUACCAAGAGCAAAGAACCAAGGAAGCGUAAACGUAGAACUUCCAUUACGAAAGACGGGCCUACAGAAGCUAAGAAACAGGAGAUUGCUAACACCGAUACUCGCGAGAGCACACCACCACCUUCUCCACCUUCGAACGCUGAAGAGAAAUCGCCAGUAGCCCUUAAACCUAAUUUUAAGUUCUAUCAAGAUACGUUGGUAAUAGAUGAAGACAAAAAUCAAAUGGAGAAAGAAAAUGGCGAGGAGGAUUCGACAAAGAAUAAAGAUCAAGGUUUUGAUGACGAGAAGGAUAUCAGGGACGACGACGACAUCGGAAGUAGCACACCAACACCCGAAGAUGAUAUAGAAGAUACGAAAGACUCCGAAUCGCCGGAAGACGCAUCUUCAGUAGUUUCAGAUUCCCUGAAGAAGGACGUUGGUUCUUAUCCCGAAAUACGCUACGUAGAUGGACUUAGAAGUGUUUUGCUACUUCAGAAACGUAAAGGACCGAAGAAAGUUUUAAAAUGGAAGACAGAGCUGGAAUCCAUACGUUACUUCGAGUUGGACGAAACGGAGAGGGUCAAUGUGACGAAGACCUUUACCGACAUGAAGCAAAUGGAGAAACAGAAUGAGAGAGAAGCAUUCCAAAUGGCCAGAAAAUUAAAUAAUGAAGACCUAAUGGAAGAAAGAACACGGUGGAAGCCUUUGAUUCCUAUUGAUCUGCCACCUCCAUUGGUGGAACCUGGCAAGGACAGCAAAGAGAAGGAUAUUCAGUAUGCUCGCGAGAAGGGCAUUCUCCAAGCACUUUACUUCAAUCGAAGCAUGAUUCCGGACUCCGCGGCCGAACCUGACGAAGAACGACAUCACGUGAUGACCGAACCCAAGACUAUACCGCUGGACGACCUCACCGGCAACAAGGAGAGUGAGAAGGACUUCACGUCAGUGCAGUGGCCGGAGCCUAAACCGCAACUGACGCCACAGCCUCCGUCCGUGACGACGUUCCAUUAUCCGACAACAUUCCCGCACAACCAGCAAACCAUGAUGACGCCGAUGGGACCGCAACCAACGAUGAAUCCUAUGCCACAGAUGUCUCAGCAGAUGAUGGCUCCUACGCACAUGGCUCCCAUAACGCAGGAGAUGGCAGGACCAACGAUACCAGCUGGUGGCGGUGGUGGUUGGAGAACAGGCGACGGCAAGGUUCUCGUGCCGGACGUUGGCAUGAAUCCCAUGGCGAACAUGCCAGGAGGGUUCAAUCAGGGACUGGAAGGUGGACCUAUGGUACCGCCUGGCAUGAUGGGACCGCCACCCAUGUAUAAUCAGCAGCAGGAAGGUUACGGCAUGAUGUGUCCGGAGGAGAUGGGAUUCAACAAUAUGAAUCCCAACAACUUCCAAGGCCCGCCAAUGUACGGACCCGGGCCUAAUUUCCCGGGCCCCCGGGGAGCCCCUAUGCACAACCGGGGCAGAGGUGGACCCGGUUGGGGAUACAGAGGUGGCGGACCCAACAGGGGUGGUUGGAGAGGUGGCGGUGGCGGUUGGCGAGGGAGCGGUAAACAGCCACCAGUAUGCAGACAGUUUUCGAAAAACGGUUACUGCCGAGUCGGUGACAAGUGUCAGUAUCUUCAUCCCGGUGUAAAUUGUCCGCCAUUCUAAGAAUGUGAUUGAAAGAAUAUUUUUUAUUAGAAUAUAUCUUUAUCCGUGGAAAAAGAAAGAGAGAGAGAGAGAACGAGAGAAAAAAAGAAUGCGAUUGGCAUUUUACUGUUACUUGUGUAUGAAGAUCUUCCCUCGAGAUGUAUUAACAAUGACAAUUUUGCUUGGAGAGUAGAUCUAAGUGCUUUUUCAGACACGUGAAAGUGCUACAUACGUGAAGUCCUCAAUGUGCAAUUUUUGUAUAAAGCAGCAUGAAUAUAUUAUAGAUAGAAGUUAUAACAUUUAUUUAAUAAUACUCCGAAUGCGCGCUUGGGAGUUUUUGUAAAUACAGAAAAUAUAUCUUGUUUCAAAUCAACGCGCCGCAAGGUGUUUUACGUCUUGUCACAAUCGAUGUCAUUGAAGAUUUGAACGAAUUGUAUAAGAUUGAACGUGACCAUGCCAGAUGCAUCGGCUGCUGGGCAGCCAGCGGUGUGUCUCCAUAAAUAACGCAGAAGUUUUAAUAAAACGCCCCGUCACAAGUUUAUUUUUUUGUUCUACGGUUAUAUGUGUUACGACCUCCACGAAAUUGUACCAUCCAUUAUUGUAACGUCUUCCUUUUGUGUUUGUAUUUUUCAAGCAUUGGCAACUGCCGAGAGAGAGAGAGAGAUUAUUCUAUUUACUGUACGUUCCUUCAAAAAUCGGAAGUGCGGAAGUGAGAAUUGCUUGAAAAGAGUUGUCGAGUAAAAUUCGAUAUUGUUGAUUAGCCUACGUCACAAGUAUUCUUAAAACUUAUUAAGAACCGAGUCGCACUUGUGUGACUACUCAUAUCUAGCUUAGAGCAAAGGAAUUCUGACAUAGAAAUGGACAUAGAAAUGGACAUUAAUGACAGUGUCCGAUAGUAAUACACGACUAAACACCUAAAGUUUUGCUGUUCAAAUUUUUUUAUUGUAAUAAUUUCUACGUUCAGAUUUCUUGUAAAUAUCAUGUUUGCAUAAUAUGUACAAAUCGAUAAUUCUAAUAAUAAUGGCAGACUGUUAGAUUUAGCUCGUAUAUGACGACGACACGUAUCAAUCAGAUUAAUAUUGGGUUGACCGGCAAGUCCAUGCGGAUUCCAUUGGCAGAACUCCAACGCAAAAACAUUAUUACAAAGUUUUGCGCCUGAAUCCUGAUAAAAAAAGUUCGCACAGGCCUUCCGGCCAAUCCAAUAUUUAAUGAGAGUCGUACGUGUCUUUUGAAAAUAAAAAGAGUUAUAAUCGAUCUAAUAUUAUUAAUCUAUCGAAUUCAGUAUAAUGUACAAACUCGUGUAGCGGUAUUUUGUAGUUGAGACCAUUAUUAUUAUAUGAUAGUAUUAUGUCGUAAGUUUUAUUAUCGUAUAUGAUAAAUGGUUAUACCUUUUUGUAUAUGGUUGAUCGUUACGUUUAUGUGUAACAUCGAUUGUUGUAUAAGCGCCUCUUAAUGAAAAUAUACCAAUCACUAUUA